GCUAUGUUAGAAUGACAACACCACACAAAACGAUUUCCCCAUUCUCUACAAUUGAUCAUUAUCAGAAGAUUGUCUAUGAGUUGCUAAUCCAGCUCAGCAAAGACCCCCAAACAGCUCAGGAAGUGACCAACAUCGAGUCAAACAUUGGUAUCCUGCGAAAUCACAUCGAACAGAUUCUAGAAAAACGAAUAGAAGCACUUCCAUCAACAGACAUAACCGAUGAUGAAUUCGAAAACGAAUGGGUGAUCCUUGCCUGGGGACUAUUGACAUGCUUGUCUCGUCUACCAUCAGAACCCGAACGAGAUAUUACUCAAAGCUUCAACCAUAUCCUCGUUCGUCUUGUAAACAUUGCUCGUCCGAUGCGAAUUCCAAAAGUGUGCCCUGAAGCGAAGCAAUGGUGGACACAAUUUCAUGAGUUGUACAAUAGUUCACUUCAUUAUUUACAUGGGUUGUACUCGCAACUGGACAAUCCAAAUUGUAAUAUUGAAAUCAAGAUGAGGGCUUAUUUCACCAGACAGCUCCAACCUUGCCUCGCUGCAUUCCGCAGGACUUGUGCUGAAAAUGCUCCGGGAUUUCACUCAAGCCUCCGAAGAGCUCAAGUCAAUCGACUAUCAAAUCAGGAAAAACUAGUCGAGCAAGACACUUAUGAGAUCCGGAGUUACUAUUCUUCACUGGCAUACACGUUGGGUCUUCUCGCUGUGAGAAUUCAAGGAUUCCGAUAUGAAUGUCAAACAUGCUCACAGAAUACAUUUGCAACGCCUGAUACGUUGUGGCAGUUGUUGAAUGAAGUCUUUAUUACCUAUGAAUAUGUGAUGAAUGAUGCUCUGAUGUGUAAUGAGCCAAACCAUUCGUCAAUUAUGGUCACGAAUAAUCUGUUCACUUUCACGUGUCACACCUUGUGUAGGACGUUGAUAUUCGAAUCAUUUGACAUCCAAAUAGUAAGUGAAGAGACCGCAUUCGCAAUUCAAAACGAAAUAAUUCAAUGUCGAAUGGGAAAUAGUAGUCCACGAGAGCCCAAAGUCUUCCCAUCGGCAGCUUUGAUUGCUAUGAAACCAACUUCUGGAGUUAAAAGGAAUAAUGCGACGGCGAAUCAAAAGGGUACCGGUGGAAAUACAGCUCACAAGAAAUCAGAUGUGAAUAGUCAGGAAUUCGUGACAAUUCCACCAACAUUCAGUGAUAAUUCAAAUGCGUGGCAGACAACGUAUCCACAUUUGUUGUGCACGACAAGGCAGAAGGACGCAGUGCUCCUUGACAGUCGUGCUGGAACAACCGGAAAGCGUCCACUAUUCUAUUUCUACAUCCGUGCGAAAACGUGGUCACCAACGGGAAAUUACAUUCAUGUUCGAACGCUUUCUCUUCCAUUCACAAUAAGCACACGAAGAAAUCAGGAUUGUCAGGUUCAGAGAAUGAACUCUUCGUAUACUGCCACGUGUUUUUGGAUGUAUGGAACAUGCGGGAUUAAUGGAUUGCUGUUGAAUUGGAAUGAAAAACCGCUAACAUGGUCCCAAUUCAAACAUCUAACUCGUCGAUACUUCAUGGUGAAUGGAGAAGUUAUCCGUACAAUGGAGGAAUCUGAUUACGCCCUGCUUCAGGACAAAAUGCAUUGUGAACAGUGUGGGGAUGACUCGACAGAGCUCGAGGACGAGGAGAACCAUGAGGGUUGCAUUAGUUUUAAGAACAUUUUGUGCUCCCAUCUGAGAUUCGAUACGGACACCGUGCAAAUGCGCUUCAGCGUAUGGCGGGGAAUUCUCGAGGUUUUGCAAAUAUUUCAAGAUCCCAAGGCAGCCGUGAAGGUGCUAUGGGAACACUAUCUGAUGCAUGGGUUCCUGGAUACACAGGCGGUUGUCAAUUUGCUAAUGCCACGUCACAACUGUAUGGUGAUUCGGUUGACCUACAUUCUCGGCGGAAGCGUCUGUGUGAGCUACCGUAACCUUUGCGGGGAAAUCAUACAUUUGGAGCCGCUCGAAUUGAAGAAGCUUCAGGCGAAAAGUAUACUGGAGUAUAUUUCAGAUAUCGCUGAAACAGCUAAGAUAGACUAUCUUCUCACUUAUAAUUUGGAAUACAUGCCAGUUUCAAGUGUCAUCGAAAAGUAUUUCCCAGUAGAUGAUGUGAAGAGAGUUAGAGGUGUUGCUUCGAAUAUUACUGAUAAAGGACCAUUGAAUCAUGUUACACAUGUCAAAUUCACGCCUCUCCGUGUCGCGGUUGUUGCCUGCCGUGAUCAGACACCUCGUCCAUCACCGCGACCUUCCGAAUCGCACGAUCUUCCGACGUCAUCAUCCUCGGUUCAUGCUCCAUCGGAAUGUGUUUUCACUGCGCCGAAUCUUCCCCAACGAUACCAUCAGAAUCAAAAUCACGACCCAUUGAUGUCAAUGAUGAUGAUGACGUCAUCAUCUUCAUCCACGUCAUCACCAACAAACACAACACCAACAAUGAUGACACCUGGACCAAUGGAUCAAUCAUUCGAAAUGCAAUUGGAGGCUCUAAUGAAACAAUACGGAAAGACUCCGCAUGAUGUCUGCGAAAUAGUGUACUCCGCUGCAAGACCCAAUAAUAAUCUAAAUCAACAACAACAACAUCAUCAUCAAUCCCAUCACCAUCCAUCACUAAUUCCACCAACAACCACAUCAAUUCGUUCUCCAACAUUAGGUCCUCCCUCAUCUCAGGAUAGAAGUUUCGAAGAUUUAAUGGAUGAUCUAACGAAUAACGGAGAUUAUUCUUCAAAUCUUGAUUUUUCACACACUAAUCAUUUUCUACGCGUUUAGUUUUUCAAAAGUUUUCCAAAAAAACUGCACUUUAUUCUCAUUUUGCUGGCCAAAAAAACACAUUUUUCCACCAAAUAACUUCCUCCGCCUUUUGCAAAAAAAAAAACUGUGAUCUCGUUAUAUUUUUUUGAUUCGUUUCGUUUUUUUUGUUUUCAAUUUUUCAAUUCUCCGUUUAUUGAAAUAAAUAAGUUAAAAAUUGGCAA